CGGCUGGCCAAUUCAUCCAUCUUUGUAUCUACCUUUAAAACUAGAAUCUCAUCUUAAUUACCCGGAAAGUUCGGUCUCGGGGCCUUGGAACGAUAGUCUCUAUACUAUAGCCCCAGUAAAGCUCAUUGUUACAAUGGCGGACGCCGAGCGCCGAACAACACCUUACUUCAAAAUAUGCAAAUCUUGUGAGCAAUGCAGACUGCGCAAAGUCCGGUGCAUUGUGACCCGGGAUAAUCCUUCGAGAUGCACACACUGUACUAAACGGAACGAGGACUGUGAAUUUAGACAUAUCAAGCGCAGGUUCAGAGCGCAGGCGCAGGCCACGACAAAUCGAUCCGUAUCAAGCGCAAGUCAGCAUUCUCAUAAUUGGGAUUCUUCUCGGAGAAACUAUACCCAGACAACAAGUGUCAUCACGCCAUUAUUCGUGGACCACCUCUUGGAUAGUCCACCCAGUGGCGCGGAACUUGGUGACGAGGCUUAUAUUUUCAAGGUGAGCGUUAUUACAGUCAGCAGCUCAAACUUAGCCUUCUUCUCAGAGCAAAGAAUUCAGUCUUUAUCGCAGAGACUAGGAAACAAUCGACUCGUGGAAUUAUUGGAAUCUAUUGAGACCGUAAUUUCUCAUCGAGUGAUGGCUCAAGGAAACGUUUCAAUUUCCCCAAUUACUUUUAAAGGGCCAUCGAGCUCUAUUCAUAUUCCAAGAGAAGCAGCUCGGCUCUACAUCGAUGCCUAUUUCCAACAUUUCCACUCACUCUACCCGUUUUUGGAUCGGCAGAGAUUUGAGAGAACUGCAUUGGGGUCUGAUAUCGCCCGGACUUUGGACUCGGAUGCUGCGUUUUCUGCCUUGUACCACGCCGUUCUGGCUUUGGGAUGUCAAUAUCGUGAUGGUGGAACCUUUGACCCUGGUAAAGGAAAAGCAUGGAAACUGUUCCAGAUAUCAUUGUGCUUGAUGGCCGAUAUCCUGUCGCCGACAGAAUCGUUGCUCAAACUACAGGCCCUCACUGCCAUGUCGAUAUUCGCCUUGAACACCUGCUGCAUUCAAAUUGAUGAACUCCUGAUCAUGGAAGCUGCACGGAUGGCACAAACGCUCCGGUAUCACAGGUCAAUUCAAUGUGGUGACCAACAAAUAUGCUGUCAGCGAACAUUCUGGGUGAUUUAUAUAAUGGAGAAGCAACUGGUAUUUCACAAUCGUGUAAACUCGAUAAUAGUGGACUUCGACAUCGGAUGUCCCAUUCCAGAUACGCCCGAGGCAAGCUUCGGUGGCUGCAACUGGUUUCUUUCGAGAGUUCGGUUUGCUAGGAUUACGUCUCAAGCAUAUGAGCUUUUGUUCUCAAUCAGUGCCUCGGUGAACACUGAAGAAAGCUAUUACACCGCGAUCGAUCAUGUCGAGGAUCGCCUAGAGCGGUGGAAGAUGGCACUGCCUGGAGACUUUCGACCGGGAGGCCAUAGAUCGUACUCAUUUUCUGAUCCUGGCUUUAAAAUGGGUAUUCUGCAGACCCAUUGCUCAUACUAUAGCCUGGUCAUUGCUCUGGCUCGACUCACUAUACAGAUCAGUCCAGAAAAAGGACACCGGCAUGAAGACAGCAAAAGAAAAUUGAUGGAAUCGGCUCGACGCUUAAUUGAGCUAACUCAGUACAUUGAUAAGGCCCCUCAUACUCCAAUUUUUAUAUUAGGAGUCAUACCCCUUGUGGCCCUCUUUAUUCUUUUCGACUUUGUCGUGCAUAAUCCUCUGCAUCCCGAGACAAAAACCAAUUUAUCCAUGUUGGAUAUAGCUUCGGGCCAUUUCAAUCUGGUAGAGCAUGCGUCUAACGGCUCGCUUCCCUCUUCCGGAAUUUCCGAAUUCUCGCACAUAGCGAGGCAGUAUGUCAGAGACUUUCCGGCAAAUAAUGACCAAGAACGCGUAUAUCACCAAGUUCCGACUCGAGAUUCAAAUCCCGACAGUAUUGUGCCCACACCAAACGUUCAAGGUCUCUCGGAGUCAAAGCCCUUGGGCUCAAUAAAGCAUGCAAAUCCGGCGCAUAUUCCGGUUGAUCGGGAGGUUGACGUUGACUUGGGACAGUAUGACCAAGUUAGUAGCUGGGGCGAGCCAGUAGAUUAUCUAUACUAUCCAACGGCGGAUUUUAAUGUCGAUAUCGAUGAUCCUCUAUUGCAUGGGUUUGAUGUGCGCACGUUGUUCGGUUCAAUCAUCCCGGAUAGUUUUGCUGCCCCUGCAGAUGACUACCAAUCGACCAUUUUGGAGCCUGGAGCACCAGUGUAAUAUCGUCAAACAGACUGGAGACCAAGAAAGACGACGUCAAAGUGUUGCAACAUGUUUAAAUAUACUUUGAGAAAUAGAUUAUUGUGGAUUCGGUGCCCGGCGUCAGAUCUCGGUGUUCGGGGCUCGGUGCUUGGCGUUAUAGGGCUUCGAAAGUCGCUCAGUCGAUAAUCUGUCAGCCUGUCAAAGAACGCUCGGUGUUCGGGGGGAAGUAAAGCUCUAAAAUGAGCUUU